UUUUUUUUUUAAAUAAAUCUAGAUGGCCAAUGGACCCCUAGCCCCCCGGGAGAGAAAUAAAGCAAAACAAAGUCAAAGUUGGGAUUUUCCAGCUUUCGCGUUACGUUUUCUAAUGCAGAGAAUAGGAGAUCAUUCUUGCUUAGAAUUGGUGAGGAUGGACUCUUUAGAAUCCAAGACUAAGACAAUAAAAGAGGCGGCCCCGCAUGUAAUUGGAAUCAUCAAAGAAUUUUCCCAUAGGAAAAUGAGGGCAAGAUGAUGCUGAUGACCGUUUACUUGAAGUCUAUUGCAAUUGCAAUAACAAUAUUAGAACUUCAACUUACCUCUUUACAUUAUUAGUUUUCUAAUUUAUUUGAGCCUCCCUAGCCAGCUACUGUCCUGUCUUCUUUAAUGGGCAUUUCCUUGACUCAAUCCAUACUCCUUAGCUUUCUUCUUCUCCAUUGUGUUCACUUACCAAGUGCUGAAACUUUACGUUACCCAACGGCCAGCCUCUCUACUUCAUGGACAAAAAGCCCCUCUCUUGACCAUUCUGUAAAAUUCUCAGAUGGAUCAAGGGUGAUACCCAUCCUUGUCAGGGCAAGAUUGGGUCCAAGCUUCGCUUGCGGUUUCUUCUGCAAUGGAACCUGUGACUCUUAUCUCUUUGCCAUUUUCAUUGUUCAAACCGAUGGUGCAAAUAUAACCUCUAAGAGUAUUGUUUUUCCUCAAGUAGUUUGGUCUGCCAAUAGAAACAAUCCUGUUAGAAUCAGUUCUACCUUGCAGCUCACAUCAGAUGGAGAUUUUAUCUUAAAAGAUUCUGAUGGAAUUAUAGCUUGGUCCACGAAUACUGCUGGCAAGUCUGUUGCAGGCUUAAACUUGACUGAUUUGGGCAAUCUUGUGCUUUUUGAUCACAAUAAUGCUACAGUUUGGCAAUCUUUUAAUCACCCAACUGAUUCUUUGGUUCCAGGUCAAAAGUUGGUGGCAGGGCAGAAACUUAUUCCUAGUAUUUCUGCUACAAAUUGGACUCAACUAAAUUUGCUUUCAUUUUCAGUCACUGAUGAACGAGCAGUUGCUUCGGUAGAGUCUAGUCCACCUCAAGUCUAUUAUGAAUUCAAAUUUUAUGGUAGAAAAAAGAAUAGGGAACCAACCUAUGUCAUCCUUCAGAAUGGAAGCUUUGCUUUGUUCGCCAAUUCUUCUAAGCCAAGUCAGCCGGAUGUAUUUAGAUCCAUUCCCAAAGCCUUAUCAGUACAGUAUAUUAGAUUUUGUCCUGACGGACACUUGAGAGUUUACGAGUUGGACACGGAUAGGUGGAAACAAGUUGCAGAUCUGCUUUCAGCUCCGAAUGAAUGUUUCUACCCUAUAGUUUGCGGGAACUAUGGAAUUUGCUCCAAUGGGCAGUGCCGUUCUCCUUCAACAACUUAUUUCAAGCAAAUAAAUGAUAUGCUGCCUAAUCAUGGGUUUUCUGAAACUACUCCCUUGUCUUGUGAAGCUUCUCUAAAUCACGGUUUUAUAGAGCUCAACGAUACAACAUAUUCCCCCCUUCUCAGUGAUCUUAAAAAUGUGGAUUUGGAUCCAUCAAAAGGAGAAAAAAGGGAAAAUGUGGAUUUGGAGAAGUGCAAGGAGGCUUGUUCAAAGAAUUGCUCCUGCAAAGCGGCUAUUUUUAAAUAUGGUUCUGAUUCUGCCAGAAGUUAUUGCUACUUGCCAAAUCAGAUAUUUUCACUGAUAAACAAUGAUAGGAGAGGAGUUCAUUAUAACACUACUGUAUAUUUAAAGGUGCAAAAUGCCUCAAAUACGGAAGCAAGAGUUCCUCAGCAGAAAAGGAAAAGCAGGUCGACAAUUAUACGGUCCAGCCUCGGAACAUUUUCUGGGUUGUUUCUUGUGAUUGGAAUCAUAGUGUUAUUAGUUUGGAAGAAAAGAAAUGCUGAUGUAGAUGAGGAUGAUUACUUGGAUCAAGUACCAGGAAUGCCCACUCGAUUUUCCUACAAAGAUUUAAAAGCUUUGACAGAGAACUUCUCCAAGGUUCUCGGUGAGGGAGGAUUUGGUUCAGUUUUUGAAGGAACUCUAAAUGAUGGCACCACCAAAAUUGCAGUGAAGCGUCUCAAUGGUUUGGGCCAAGUCAAAAAAUCAUUCUCGGCUGAGGUUGAGUCAAUUGGCAGAAUCCACCAUGUGAACUUGGUAAGGCUGCUUGGUUUUUGUGCUGAUAAAUCCCGCAGGCUUCUUGUUUAUGAGUUCAUGUCUAAUGGCUCCUUGGACAAAUGGAUCUUCCAUCAAACCCAUGAGUUUACUCUUGUAUGGCAGCAGAGAAAGAAGAUCAUCCUCGACAUAGCAAAGGGACUUACAUAUCUUCAUGAAGAUUGCACACAAAAGAUACUCCAUUUAGACAUCAAACCCCAAAACAUUCUCUUAGACAACACGUUUAAUGCGAAAAUCUCUGAUUUCGGGUUGUCUAAACUGAUUGAUCGAGACCAGAGUAAAGUUGUGACAACCAUGAGAGGCACUCCAGGCUAUUUGGCCCCAGAAUGGCUGAGCUCAGUAAUCACAGAAAAGGCAGACGUCUAUAGCUUUGGGGUGGUUGUCCUAGAAUUGUUGUGUGGAAGGAGAAAUGUUGAUCGCUCACAGCCAGAAGAACAGAUGCAUUUAAUAAGACUUUUUGAGAAGAAGGCAGAAGAGAAUCAACUGUCUGAUCUAGUUGAUAAUUGCAGUGAAGAUAUGCAGUUGCAUAAAGCAGAAGUAGUGAUCAUGAUGAAGGUUGCUGCUUGGUGUUUGCAAAAGGAUUAUGCAAUGAGGCCUUCCAUGUCAAUGGUGGUUAAAGUCUUGGAAGGUGUUGCAGAAGUUGAACCUAAUCUAAACUACAGCAUUUCCAAUCCAUCAUUCACAACAACAUCAACGCAAGUUACUCAAUUGUUGCCCUUUGUUCUAUCUGGGCCAAGGUGACUGUUCAUUGUUGCUUUUGUUCAGUUGUUUUCUAUGCUGUGUGAACUUGCAGGAAAGAGAUUUCAUUUUCUGUUAGUGAACUGGACAUGUGAAAGUAGGAGGAAUUUUACAGUGCAUAAGGUGCAUAUGUACACCCACCAUCUAUAGUUUUGUGAUGGAGAGAGCACUAAAUUUAUUUGCUUCGAGAGCCA